AGAGGUCUCAGGCCAAGCCUGGAGCAGGAGCCCAAGGAGGGCAGUAAGCGGCUCCUGGGCUGGUGGCUGAGCUGAGGGCCCCUGUCCAAACUUCUUUGCUCCCCACCCCUGCAGCGCAAGCAUCAGGAAAUCCGAGCCAUGAGAAGUCAACUCAAAAAGAUUGAGGACCUGGGGGCUGCCAUGGAGGAGGCCCUCAUCCUGGACAACAAGUACACAGAGCAUAGCACUGUGGGCCUGGCCCAGCAGUGGGACCAGCUGGAUCAGCUGGGCAUGCGCAUGCAGCACAACUUGGAGCAGCAGAUCCAGGCCAGGAACACAACAGGUGUGACUGAGGAGGCCCUCAAAGAAUUCAGCAUGAUGUUUAAACACUUUGACAAGGACAAGUCUGGCAGGCUGAACCACCAGGAGUUCAAAUCCUGCCUGCGCUCCCUGGGCUAUGACCUGCCCAUGGUGGAGGAAGGGGAACCUGACCCUGAGUUCGAGGCAAUCCUAGACACAGUGGAUCCAAACAGAGAUGGCCACGUCUCCCUGCAAGAAUACAUGGCCUUCAUGAUCAGCCGUGAAACUGAGAACGUCAAGUCCAGUGAGGAGAUUGAGAGCGCCUUCCGGGCCCUCAGUUCAGAGGGAAAGCCUUACGUGACCAAGGAGGAGCUCUACCAGAACCUGACCCGGGAACAAGCCGACUACUGCGUCUCCCACAUGAAGCCCUAUGUGGACGGCAAGGGCCGCGAACUCCCCACUGCAUUCGACUACGUGGAAUUCACCCGCUCACUCUUUGUGAACUGAGCCGCUCCCUGGUCACCCACCCCGCACUGCUUGCCCCAUGUCGCCUUGCUGCAUGUCCACUCCCAUAUGCUCGCUCUUUCCACAGUAACCUUAAGCCUGCUUAGCUUGGAAUAAGACUUAGUAGAAAAUGGUGCUUCACUAACCCGCUUCUGGUCCAGUCACAAUCACCAUGUCACUGUGGGGACCCAGAUCCAUGUCUUGAAGCAGCUGCCCUCAUUCCGACUUCAGAAAAAUCAAAGCAGCUGGCUCCCUGCCUUCUUGUUCUCCCUUCCUUCCUCCCCCAACUCUGUUUUCAUGUAAAAGACAAAUAAAUGACAACUCUUCACCCAAA